AUGAGGUGUUGUCGGCCGUUGGUGGCCAUGUGCCUCUUCUUCCUCCUCACUGCCUCCUGUCGCUUCAGCACGGCUGCCCGACACGGUUGCCUUUUUGAAAAGAAACUUUGCCCCAGAGAUCAGCUGUGUAAUGACGACGGUUUGUUCGGACAGUGUUGGGCUCCUCACCACGAUCCAAUCCAAUAUGUGGUGUCGGCACCUGCUCUCCAUAAGCUUCAGGAGGUUCUUGAAGACCUGAUGGCGCAAGGUAUGACCUGGAGGGAUGACGUCACCCAGGCAACAAUCGGCCAAGCACUGAGUCACAUUCCCUCCAUUAGCUCAUCACAGCUUCAUCAGGGCAAACAGUUGCUCAGUCAGCGUGGGAUUUUAAGACCUGAAGAGACAGGCAACCAACAACUGAUCCAAAAGUACAUAGACUACCUGACGAUGGAGCCAUCACCAUCCUCCAUGCGUGGACAUAUGCCCAUGCUGGAUUCGCAAAUAUACAACCAGGAUAAAGAUGAACGGUCCCUCAACUCCCUGGAAGAUAAUCCAACCUCCCCAUUCGUCAGCUUCUCCCCUUCACGCUCCAGAUCCGGAGGAAAUGCUCUGGACAGAGACCAGCAACUUCUCCAGAACUUGGUGUCCUAUUAUCUUGACUCCCCUGUCCAGGCUGAUUCUCGCCACAGGGGGGCACCUGCAGAUUCUUUAGCCGCAGCUUCUUCUGUCCAGGAGUUUGACUUCCCACUGGGCUACAAUCAGAAUUACAUUUCCCAAGUUGAAAAUCUUCGGUCGCAGAGCAAGGUGGCAUCAAAGUACGAAGCUCUGGCGGGAAUGGAUGCAAACUCUGUGCAGCGUCUACAACGGCUGUUGGACAAAUACGGCCUCGAUGUUGAAGAUUUGUCCCCCGAGCAGCUAGACAAACUGCCAGCUUUGCUCAAGCAGAUGCAGCUGGAGAAAUCCUUCAGCCACAAAACCAUUAAAGGAAACUAUGGAAACAAUGUCGGCACAGGGAAGAAGAUCACAGGGAGUUUCAGCGAGAACAAGAUGGCCGCCCCAGAUACCGUGCCAAUCAAGUAUUUGAAACCGGUGGAAGUCCAAAAGGAUGCUAGCCCUCCCCAAGUGGGCAAAAUGGAACAGAACAAACCUAAAAAUGAUUUAGCUGCAAUGACCACUUACGAGACCAAGCCAAAUGUGGAGAACUCACCGGAGAAAGAAGAUAAGAACAGUCAGAAAUCUGAGUCAAGUCUGAAGGUUCUGCAGAACAGCGACCAGCAGCAAGUGGAGAACGUUGCCAAAGCCUCACCCGUGGCCACACGAGUCCAGCCUGGCUCUCGCUGGGUUUCCUCGACCUUGGUGGCUCUUGCUUGCAUUGUCGGCAUCCUUGUGGCAGCUCUCAGCGUCACCUGCCUUCGUCACCAUGCCCACCGUUUGGCUGCUAAGAAACUGGGCCUAGGGCCUCAGGGUGGAAGCUUCAGCCACCAGGAGUACCAGGACCUGUGUCGCCAGCAUAUGGCAUCCAAAGGUGCCUUUGGACGCCUCGAAGCAGCCGCCCUUGGGGCCGUGGGUGGACCGAACACAGCUGGUGCCGGAAGAGGAUCUGGAACAGCAGGGGGUGCCGACUCGAGAGUGAGCAGUGUGUCAUCCCAGUUCAGCGACGCAGCCCAGCCCAGUCCCAGCUCCAUCAGCAGCACGCCGUCAUGGUGUGAGGAGCCGGCACAAGCAAAUAUGGAUAUCUCCACUGGGCACAUGAUUCUAGCAUACAUGGAGGACCACUUGAAAAAUAAAGAUCGUCUGCUGAAGGAGUGGGAAGCUUUGUGUUCCUACCAGGCAGAGCCCAACAGUGUUACCGUGGCUCUGAGUGAACCCAAUUUCAAAAAGAACCGCUUCCACCACUCACUGCCCUACGAUCACACCAGGGUGAAGCUUAAACCAGAGAUUAACCCUUCACGUUCUGAUUACAUCAACGCCAGUACCAUAAUUGAUCACGAUCCUCGGAUGCCAGCAUAUAUCGCCACCCAGGGGCCCCUAUCCCAUACAAUCUCUGACUUCUGGCAGAUGGUGUGGGAGACCGGUUGCUCAGUGAUUGUCAUGAUGACAGCUCUGGUGGAGGAAGGAGAGAAACAGUGUGAUCGCUACUGGCCAGAUGAGGGCUCCUCACUCUAUCAUAUCUAUGAGGUGAACCUGGUGUCAGAGCACAUCUGGUGCAAUGACUUCCUAGUGCGAAGCUUUUACCUGAAGAAUGUUCAGACCCAAGAGACCAGAACCCUGACUCAGUUCCAUUUUCUCAGCUGGCCGGCACAUGGGAUCCCCAGUUCCACACGCCCUCUACUGGACUUCCGCAGGAAGGUGAAUAAAUGCUACCGAGGACGCUCAUGCCCCAUCAUCGUUCAUUGCAGUAACGGGACAGGUCGGACUGGUACUUAUAUCCUCAUGGACAUGGUUCUUAACCGUAUGGCUAAAGGUGUGAAAGAAAUCGACAUUGCUGCAACACUGGAACACGUUCGUGACCAAAGGCCUGGGAUGGUUCGUACAAAGGACCAAUUUGAAUUUGCUCUGACUGCUGUGGCUGAAGAGGUGAACGUCAUCCUUAAAGCGCUGCCUCAGUAA